UUGAAAGUGACUCGAAAACUGACUUUCAUAUUAUUCUAUUGAAAUUAAAAUACACUUCUUUACAUUUGAGAUUCAUCUAAUCAUAUUGUACUACUUUAAAGUAUGUUGAACGAACAAUUCAAACUCCCUGUAUAGUUUAAUCCAUAAAAUACAAUAUAUUUCUUAUUUUUUACCAUUUUACACCAUGUAAAUCAAUUACAAUCUAAAAAUUAUAAUUUCUGUUUACAGAUAUUACGAAAUUGUGCGGGAUGUAAGGCCAAAUAAAGGAACGAUAUUAAAAUCUUCAGUAGAAUACAUUAAGCUUUUGAAAAAUGAGCUCACUCGACUGAAACAAUGCGAAAUUAGGCAUAAGCAAUUAGAACACCAAAACCGUCGACUUCAACUACGUGUUCAGGAACUAGAACUUCAAGCAAAAGCUCAUGGCCUUCCCGUCACAGAUUUUCAUUGGGCUACUACUUCUGCGAGCGCUGUCAAUUCUUUUUGCAGAAGUAAAAAUGAUAAAAAAAAAAUGCCAGAUGUCAUGACCGAAGACACAUCUGUCCUGACGUCUGUGAGCUUAGAACAAUUUGAAGAUCUGAUGGAAGACGACGGAGGAGGUCCUGUCCAUGGAGGUGAUCCGAUGCUGUCAUCACCACACUUGCCACCUCUAAGCCCACCUGAAUCCGCAUGUCAUACUCUACCGGAUGAAGAUACUCUUGGUAGCCUGGCACCUACAUCGUCAAAUUCAUCAACUGAAAUGGAUAUAGUGGCAUAG